AUGGGCGACAUGCAAGAGAAGUGCGACUGCAGGAGGCCGGACAUAACCAUCUUCGAGGUGUGCCGAAGCUGCGGCAAUCUAGUCAAUUUCGAAGACCUCCGACAACAAGCUGUGGAUACCUACGAUAGAGACGGUCAGCCGAUCGAGGAUGUUACUCUGCCCCGACGUCACCUUCUCAUGGGAAACCCAAGGAGCAGCUUGAGAGUCCUACACCUGGACAAUGACGCGUCCCCGAUUCUAAGUGGCACAUUCGAACGAGCCUCGAUUACCCAUCUACCCUCGUAUGAAGCAGUCUCCUACUGUUGGGGUGGAGAUGAUGGUGACUAUACUAAGUCUGAAUUCAUCAUCAUCGGCGGCAGGCUCUUUCCGAUCACCAAGAACUGUGCCGCAGUGCUUCGGAAAAUUCGCAAGACAAACAGCAAGAGAGUCAUUUGGGUUGACUCACUUUGCAUCAACCAAAAUGAUGUCAAGGAGAGAUCGGUUCAGGUCAGCCAGAUGGGACAAAUCUUCUCGGGGGCACAGAAGGUCCACAUCUUCCUUGGCAACAAUGUUGACAAAACGACUGCCUCAAAAGCUUUUUACGUGCUGAACUCGAUGCAAAACUUGAACGAGUUCAGCAUGAAGCUGAGGAAUGGGGCAGAACCGGUCAAGGCGUUGUUCACCCAGACCUACUUUUCUCGAAUGUGGAUCAUACAAGAAGUUCUCCUGGCAAAGUCCGCUGCACUGCAUUGGGGAACAGCCACCAUUCCGUGGCAGACAUUGAGCAGAGAUCACCUGGAAGAGUUCAAGAAAUCCGGCAUAGACAGUUGCAUCCCCGAGUGGAUGCGAAUUCGGGCAACGACCAAUAAUUUCAGGAACUCCGAGACCCUGGGCGAGCUAUUGUUCAGUGCCAUGGGCAGCACUGCGAGCAAUGAUAGGGAUAAGGUGUAUGGAAUCUACGGACUGUUAUUCGACGCAGAGCAGGAGGGUCUCACUGUCGACUACGGUCUAUCAGUGAAUCAAGUUUUCACGAACAUGGCGAUUCACUUGAUCAAAAAGCACAACGCUUUGCCAGCCGUUAUUCGACACGUCGACCACGACGCCCCUCCCGUUGAUGACGAGCAGCUCCCGUCUUGGGUCCCCGAUUUCCGAUCAAGAUGCAUACCAAAACAUACGAAAAUGUCCUUUGAAGGGUUCAAAGAAUUGGAUAUUCACUCCAGCAUCUCGUCCGAAGAAGUGGUCUCUAGCAUUGGGGAGAAAGGGUUGUGUCUUCGAGGGCAUAGACUGAGAAUAGUCCAGAGCGGGUGUAGAGAAUUGUCUACCGAGGAGCUCAACCAGGGAAUCCGGGCAAAGUUCCCAGUGGCAUUCAACUAUGAAAGAGACGUUGUUUUCUGGAUGUCCAAUGGAUUGACUCUUCACUUGAAAAGACACGCAGCUCAGGAGGAUACAUACACACUCCUUGGAGAGUGUUAUCUCAAUCGUCCUGCUCCUUUGCCCACCGUCAUCGUUCGAGAUCGCCGGAAAUCUUUUGCUGAGUCCAUGGUCGGCCUGGGCCUGCAAGAUGUCGCGUGCCUUUGGAAAGUCUACAAGGCUCUUGAAGAUUUCAUAAGGUACGGCUCGCUGUGGGAUGAAGAUAUGCACUUUGGACUGCUACGCGCACAGAUGAACAUGGACGAGGCCAUCAGGGCCGCCAAGGCAUACCGGGAUUUUUGCGGUGGAGAAGUUUUUAAUGAUGCCUCAUGGGAACUUUACAGCGAGCAGCAGCAGGACGCCGCAAUCCAAGCGAUAUUCGUUCUGGGGGAUAUUCUAAAACCCAAAAGCAAAGUGGCAUUCUAUGGACUAGAAGGAGCAUUUGGCUGGUUGGCGUAUAAAAAAGCGUACAACACGAAAUGGUGGAGAGAUCAACGGAAAUAUGCCAUCAAAAGAAUGGUUGACUUUCAGAAUUUCUGGGAGGAUCUAGGCACGUGGGAGAAACUGCACCGUUUUAGCACACUCCUACAACACCCCGAAAGCUAUGACAUUCAGAAGAUCAACCAGCUCUGUGAGCCUUGGCUAGGGCACUACAGGAAGGCCGAAGAUUUGAUUCGCUUGCUGUUGAGGAAAACUUCUCGAUCUAGGACUUUAGAAACAGAAGUCCUGGAAGAGUUGAAGGCUUGGGAGGUGACCACUAAGGGGCUUUCGAAAGCAUUGCAGUGGACGGAAGGGUUCUUCUGGCCGUUUAAGCGGCCGCCUAGUGUUCAUGUAUGGGACAACCAUGAAGAAAAGAGAACAACCCCCAAGGUUGACAACAAAAACCUCUUUGGGAUGUUGAGAUUCUGGAGAGAUGACAAAACGGAAAACAGCCGAACAGAAGAGGUCGAAGAAGACAGCCCCAACGAGCAAAAAGGGACGCCGGAUUGGGUUAUCAAGAACAAUUUCAAAAGUGUUCGGCUUAGAGUCAAGAAAUUCCAAGCCCGCCAGGAACAUCGGGAGUUUGAGAAACUCGUCCCUGAUCCAUUGGAGUACGCCCUUCAACCAUGGCGUGGCGGAUGGGUUACAGGAAUUGGCUCGAUCUCACGUCUUCUAGCCGCCAAGGACCAACUCAACUUGCAGGCCUUGUUUCGGUAG